AUGGCAGAUGAAAUGGAGACCUGUGUGUCUUACUACACACCAGACAGGAAGUUUGUGCAGAAGUUUUCUUGCCCAAGGCUGGAGGAGACCUCUGACCAAGUGUAUUGCUGUGGGUUUGUGGACUUCAAAUACUGUUGCAACGAACCUGGCAAUUAUUUCCCCUAUGAACAUGGAUACAUGUGGAGCCUCAGUAUAGGCGCACUGAUUGGACUGGGAAUCGCUGCCCUUGUUCUUCUGGCGUUCCUCAUCAGUGUGUGUGUGCUCUGUUAUCUGUUUCUCUACACCAAGCCUCAAAGAUUAGAUUCUGGGCUGAAGCUACACAAUCUUGAGAAUGCUUCUACAAGAGAAACUAUGAACAACAAGACAAAGCCAGAGGCCUCAGAUAAAAGAACAGGCUCAUCAUCAAGAGGAGAGACCUCAUCUGGGGCUGUAAAAAUACUGAAUGAAAAAUUGCAGGCUACUGUGACAUAG